AUGAGUGGGAAAUUUGUUCGUGCAUCAAAAUAUAGACACGUCUUUGGACAGUCGGUUAAAAAGGAACUGCAUUACGAAAACUUGAAAGUCACGAUCAAUGCUUGGGAUUCGAACUUGAUCAAGACAAAUGGGAAGUAUAUUUCUAUUAAUUGGAAUGCUUCAGGUGGUGGUGCAUUUGCUGUGGUGCCCGUAGAAGAAAUUGGGAAGGCGCCUGAUCAAAUCCCAUUAUUUAGGGGACACACUGCACAGAUUUUGGACACAGACUUUGAUCCUUUUAAUGAUCAAAUUAUAGCUUCAUCUUCCGAUGAUACCAAAAUUGCGAUCUGGGAAAUACCCAGUGAUUAUUCAUUCCACAAUGCACAGGAUGAAGAUGGGAAUACGAAAGAUGUUACGCCUGUAAAAUUUUUGAUGGGUCACACUCGCAAAGUUGGACAUGUUUUGUAUCAUCCAACUGCAAGUAACAUUUUGGCUUCAUCCUCUCUUGACCAUACAGUUAGAAUUUGGAAUGUUGAGACUGGGGAAACUGUAAUUAUCUUAAAACAUCCAGACAUGGUGACUUCCAUGUCUUUUAGCUACAAUGGUGAUUACUUGGCGACUUGUUGCCGUGACAAGAAGCUUAGGGUUUGGGAUAUAAGAAAACAAGAGGUUGUUAGUGAGGGACAAGGUCACUCUAGUCCCAAGAAUCAAAGGGUUGUUUGGUUAGGUAAUUCUGAUAGACUUGCCACAACUGGUUUUUCUAAAUUGAGCGACCGCCAAAUAGGCGUUUGGGACGCUUUUAAUAUAGAUAAGGGUGAAUUGGGUGGUUUUUAUACUGUAGACCAAUCCUCAGGCAUCUUAAUGCCAUUUUAUGAUGACUCAAACAAAAUUUUAUAUGUUGCCGGAAAAGGUGAUGGGAACAUUCGCUACUUCGAGUUUCAGGAUGAUGAAUUGUUUGCUUUAUCAGAAUUUCAAUCUACAGACCCUCAAAGAGGUUUUGCUGUGGCUCCCAAGAAGUCAGUCAAUGUUAAAGAUAACGAGGUCUUAAGAGCUUAUAAAACUGUUCGUGACCAUUGCAUUGAGCCUAUUUCAUUUGUUGUUCCUAGGAAAGCUGAAGUUUUCCAAAACGAUAUAUAUCCGGAUGCCCCCUCUGGAAAGCCCGCUUUGACAGCAGAGGAGUGGUUGUCAGGAAAGUCGGUUGAAGGUCCUAUACUAUUCAGUGUCCAGUCAUUAUAUGACGGCCCCAAUCCCGUAUUUUCGGCUGCUGAAAGAUCACCAAACAAAACUUUUAUCUCUGAGAGCCCAAAAUCCACCCCAGAUAAAUCCUCAACGAAAGUAAUCAAGGAAGUUUCAUCUCCAAAGAUCUUACUUUCGGUACAAUCCGAGAAGCCAAAAGUCGAUAAAGUAUUAAACUCCGAUGAGACCGUCAACAAAAUGUUGCAAAAGGCCUGUGAAUUAGAUCAAAUUAAUAAGGCUGAAAACCCAGGCAAGGAAACUUCCGGUUGGGAUAGUGACGAUGAACACUCUGGCUCUCCCGCCAUUAAAAAAGUUGAGCAAAAAAAGGCUUCUGUAAUCAAGCCAAAACUUCCUUCCCCGUCUCAAUGUCGAACUGAAAAUGUUCCUUUAAGGGAGGAUAAUUCCUUAUUCAAUACUCCUAAGAAAGAGCCACCUAGGAUGCCUACACUUACAAAAGGAACACCAAACACUCAAAAUGUCUCUGAAUCCCAACUUGCAACCCCAGCAUCCGCUAGGUCCCUUGGUCUGAAGCAGUCCGUCGAAAAGUUGUCAGAAUUAGUUCUGAACUUGGAAACAGUUGUGUCCAAGCUAGCUGCUGCAUCUUUAGAAAGGGAUAACCGCUUAAAACAAGUAGAAGAUAAGAUUGAGCUGCUCUUGAAGAAAUAA